AUGAAGAAAACAAGUUGCGCCACAGUCUUCUUCUAUUUGGCUUGCAUGGCCUUGUUUGUUUCUCAUGGUUUAGCCAGUACCGACAAGCCCAAACCAUUAUCAUCUUCUAAAUAUCCCCAAGUAUGGCCUUACCUUCAUCUCCCUCACUUUCCAAAGUUUCCGCCGCGGGUACCCGGCUACGGAGGGGCUCUGCCACCGCUGCCACCCCACAAAGCUCUACCGCCGGCAGCAGUGGACGCCAUCAAGUGUUGGUCAGAUAUACACAACAUAAAAGGGUGUGUGUAUGAGAUCUUCUCAGCUUUCUAUACUCACAAUCUCGAUCUUACUCCCCAAUGUUGCAAGCCACUGACACAACUCACUCACGACUGCUCUACCGAAGUGUUUGGACACUUUCACAACCCACUCUUCAUUCUUGCACUCACUGAGCAUUGCCAAGCUGCAGCAGCACCUUCUCCUCAACAUUAUUAA